AUGCGAUGGCAUCAUGAAGAGCGCAACAAAGAUGGAGUUAUACGGCAUUCUGCAGAUUCUGAAGCUUGGAAAAAUUUUGAUAGUAAAUAUCCCGAAUUUGCUGGAGAUCCUCGCAAUGUGCGCCUGGGAUUAGCUUCUGAUGGGUUUAAUCCAUUUGGCACAAUGCGAACUGUACACAGUACAUGGCCAGUGAUUUUAAUGCCAUAUAAUCUUCCACCAUGGAUGUGCAUGAAACAAGAGUUCUUCAUUUUAUCCUUACUUAUUCCUGGACCAAAAGCUCCUGGCAAUAAUAUUGAUGUCUUUUUGCAACCUUUAAUAGAAGAGUUAAAUGAAUUAUGGGAUGUUGGGAUAGAAACAUAUGAUGCCUCUACUAAGGAGAUAUUUCAAAUGCGAGCAGCUCUCAUGUGGACUAUUAAUGAUUUUCCAGCAUAUGAUACUCUCUCUGGAUGGUGCACUUAUGGUCGGUUUGCAUGCCCUUCUUGUAACAUAAACACUCAAUCUAGAAGGCUCAGACAUGGCAGAAAGUUUUGUUACAUGGGGCAUCGGCGCUUCUUGAAGUCAGGACACAAAUAUCGGAAUGAUGCAAAAUCAUUUGAUGGUACUAAAGAAACAAGACCUGCACCUUGUCCAGUAUCUGGGUCACUAGUGUUGAAUCAAGUUAAAGAUAUAAAAUUUACUCUCGGCCAGUCGAGUGAAGGGUCUAAAGAUAACUUAGAAGCUCGAUUGGACUUGAAGGAGAUGAAAAUAAGACCAAGUUUAUGGCCUCAAUAUCGAGCUAGUGGGAAAGCAUAUCUUCCUCCUACUUUUUUCACAAUGUCUCAAAAGGAAAAGGAGUUGUUUUAUGAAGUACUACAAAAUGCCAAGUUUCCAGAUGGCUAUGCGUCUAAUAUCUCACGUUGCAUUCGCAAACGAAAGAUAUCUGGGUUAAAAACUCAUGAUUGUCAUGUUAUAAUGCAAGAACUUCUUCCUCUUGCCUUGCGGAGAUCAGUAGAUAAAAGAGUUAGUUCCAUUUUAAUUGAACUAUGUACAUUCUUUCGUGUUCUGUGUAGCAAAGAACUAAAAGUAGAAGAGUUAAAGUUACUUGAAGAAAAAAUUCCAGAAAUAUUGUCUACUAUGGAGAAACUUUUCCUCCCAGGAUUCUUUACUGUUAUGAUACAUUUGGUAAUUCACUUGACAACUGAGGCUAAACAUGCAGGGCCAGUACAUUAUCGCUGGAUGUACCCAAUUGAGAGGUAUUUGGGCACUUUAAAAUCAUAUGUUCGUAAUCGUGCAUGUCCAGAAGGUUCAAUAGCAGAAGCAUACAUAGCAAAUGAGUGUAUGGCAUUUUGCUCACGAUAUUUGGAGGAUGGAGAUUCAAGGUCUUAUUGUUCAAGAAAAUACGGUGAUGAGAUUGAGCAUGAGAUUAGUAAAGAAGAAUGUCUUUUUCCAACUGUCGGGGAGUCGUACGGUGGAGUAGAUGUAUUUGAGUUGGAUGAGAAAACAAGGUUGCAAGCACAUCGACAUGUGCUUUUCAAUUGCGAGUCAGAAGUGGUUGAGAAUUAUAAAAAGGAACAUACUGCAGAAAUCAAGAGAUCACAUCGUAAGCAUCGUUUGACUCAACAUCAACUUGAUCGUGUGCAUUUCGAUACAUUUCAUGACUGGUUCAAGGAGCAAAUAAAGGAGCUUGAAGCCACAUCUAACAUCUUAAAGGAUGUUAAAGUGUGA